AUGGAUUGUGUAAAUGAAGUAGUUGCGCCUUUCAUACCUCUUGUAACUACGAUAAUUACAUUAACGAAAGAAAUAGCCAAUGCAUAUGAGGAUGUUCAAUAUAAUAAAAAAACUUGUGGAAUAUUGGUCAACCGAGUUGAAGCUGCGGAAGCUGCGAUUAAAGGAUUAAUGAGAGAAAGAGAAGAGAAUAUUCAUAAAUUUAGGAGUCAAGAAAAGAUUAAAGAUUUUUGUUAUGAUAUUUCUCAAUUAUCAAAAUUUAAAAAAUUUUUUACCAGUGGGAAUAUCAAAGAAAGUUUUCAAGAGAUUAUUAAAGAAUUUGAUGGUUGUUUAAAUGAUUUGAAUUUGGCAAUUUCUAUUACUUCAAGUAAAAAUAUGAAUAGAUAUUUAACGAUUCUACAUUGUGAUAUGAUUGAAAUGAAGAAAUUUUUAGAUGACAUUGGAUCUGGUAUUACAUCUAAAAUCAAGACCAUCGAUGACAAUACCAAAACUCACCAAGAAAUUAUCUCUAUAAUAACUAACGUUGAAUCAAUGAAGAAAUUAAAAAAAUUUACGAACAAGUUAAUAACCAAAAGUUUAACAAUUGAAAGAGUAAAACGAAUACCUCCAAAUGAGUUGGAAUACCCACCAGAAUAUGAUACACGUGUCGGUAAUAGGGUAAUAAUUCAGAAGAAAACUUAUAAAGCAAUGGAUGUUGCUUGUAAACAUUUUCUUAAAAGUAAUAAUAUCCAAAAAAUCCAAAAUCAACUCAAUAUUUUGAUAAAAUUGAACAUUUGUCCACACAUUAUUCAAUUUCUUGGCCUAUCAAAAAUUGUCGACAAGGAUGUAAUGAUUUUUGAGUGGGCCGAUUUGGGAACUUUAAGAGAGGUUUAUCUCAAAUAUGAGAUUGGAUGGGAUAUGAAAAUUUCUCUUGCAAGAGAUAUCUGUCAUGGCUUAGCCUUUUUACAUAGUGUGGAUAUACUUCACCACGAUUUAAAGUGUGAAAAUAUUUUGAUAAAGGAAAAUAUGCAGCCUAAAAUUUCCAAAUUCAAUUUUGCUCGUGAAAUUAACGCCGAAACUUGUCAUUUUGACGAUUUAAAUGAUAUAGUACAUUGGUUGGCUCCUGAAAAAUUAAAAUGUAUUCCAGCUGAACAAAAUUUGGAAGGCAAUAAAAAACCCGAAGAAGAAUUAUUUGUAGCAUAUAAUGGUGCGUUAUCGUUAAAACCAAUCACAAGGAAGAAGGUUCAAGAAUCAGAACUUGAUAUUCAUUAUUAUAACUCAGACACUUCAAGUACACCAUCAAUUCUUUUCGAUGAAGGUUUAAAGGCUCAUAAAACCAAAAAUUAUGAAAGAGCCUGGAAAUGUUUUGAAGAGCAUGCAAGUAAUGGUCAUGUAUUCGCACAAUUCAAGCAAG